AUGACUUCCAAACCAAAUGCAAAGACAAAGCCGCCCAGGCUCGUCAUCUUCGACACCAUCCCAGAGCCGACUAUCGUCACCGGCUCCAUAUCAGAGAUGAUUAACUCUCCCACAAAGGUCAAGCCUCAAAACAGUCCCAACUCGCCCAUUGCCAGCAAUUUCGGCUGUAGUGGCACCACCGACAAUAGCAACAACGGCAGCAACAAUAACAACAACACAGCCAAAUUCUCACCAACUCUCCCGUCACCCGCCAGUCUAACCAGCAGCAGAAAUACGCCACCAACCAAGAGAGACAAGAAGGGGAAGAAACGAAAGCGAAGCGGAAGUGGCAGAAGGGGAGGAGGGCCGUGUACCGCCGAGUUUGAUUACCUGGGUUGGUCGGCGUGGGGGAGUUAUAGAAGGAGUGUGAAGGGUGCUGCUACUAGGCGUGCUUUCAAAGUUGUUUGUGGUGAUGAUGAUGAUGACGAUCUCGGUGGAAAAAGGAAGUUGGGGACGAGUGGGAAGAGGAGACUUACUGGUGUCUCUAUCUCUCCCUUUCCCUCUCCCCCCUCCAGCUCCAGCUCUAAUAGCGAAGACUCUACCGCCGACUCCCCCUCCUCCUCCUCCUCCUCCCAAUCCGCAGAAGACAAAGCCACCGCCGCCCGCCUCCAAGACUUUGCAACGUGGCAUCUUAUUCCCGUCCCCACUGACCCCUCUCCUUCUUCAUCUUCAUCUUCAUGCGAGAAAUCACUCAACUCUGGCCCAACCCUAGCCUGGCACCACGUCCCCGAGCUCGAAACCCGCUCCAUCGCCCGCGCCAAAGAAAAGAUGUACGUCGAGCGCACCCACAACUGCUGGUCACACUGCGACUACCCGUCCGAGUGUCGCCAGACCGUCAUCGCCGCGUGCGAGGAAGGACGGGCCAGGAUCGACAGGAAGGGCAAAAAGUUGGUGUGGGUGGACGAUAGGGAGAAGGACGCCAUCGAGGCUAGACGGCGUAAGGAACGGGAGAGAGAGAGGGAGAAUAUGAAGAGGGCGUGGGGGGCGAGGAGGAGUAGGGCGGGACAGGAGGAGCGGGAGAGGAGGAUGGGAGGGCCGAGGGGUGGUGGGAGGAAGGGACGGGGACAUGGGGGAGGUGGGAGUGGGAAAGUGGGAACCGAAAAGGAUGGUGAUUCCUCUUCUUCUUCAUCUUCUUCGUCGUCAUUGUCGACGUCUUCUGCCGGUAGCAGCAGUAGCUCGUCUUCUGAUUCUUCAAGCUCGGAAGAUGAAGGGUUGCUUGUCAAGGAGGCGACCGUCAAGUCCAAUUGGAAGGAGACAACGCAAGAGGGCACGGAGGAUGACAACACUGGGAACCUCACGAUUGCCAUGCUUGAGCCCUACUCUAGGGUAGACGGUUGCAGUUCUCGACAGGAUUGUUACAUUACCGUGGUUGCGGAUGAUACCACCAUUGAUCCUGCGAAGCUGUUGAAGAACGAUCCGGAGACCAUCCCGGCUUCUCCAGUUUCGCCCUUGGCUGGAGGCUGUCUCGCUCUGGGAAUUGCUAACCCGAGCACAUACGAGUCGUUUGCUUCGUUGAUCGAUUUUGGCCCAAUGGAGAUUGAUGAGAUGGCCAUGUGA